AUGCUGCCCGCGAUCCACCGCGGCAAGCCUCCGCUUGAGAAACCCAAGACCCCACUCCUUUCGCCGAGCAACCAAGAGCGAACGCUCGCCGACGAGUACUGGGACCGCAUCACUGCGAUCGAGCGCGAGAACGACCGCCUUCGCCACGACGUCUUGCAGCUCCAAGCCGCGCAGGUUGACGAGUCCAAGCUGCAUGCGCUAGCGACCGAGUGCCAUGAGCUCCACGUGGCACUGCACAACAAGGUGCAAGCCGACGCGUUCUACCAAGAGAAGGACAAGCAAAAGGCGGCGCUCAUCUUUGGCGAGAUUGUGCGCCUUGGCAAGGCCGUCGAAGACGUCGUCGGCGAUCUGCGCCAGCACGUGGCGGCUACCGAGCAGCGAUUGACGAGUCUCGAGCGACGGCUCGGAGAACCGACGUCGACGGCGCUGGCCAAUGAGUCGGCACUGCGAGACCACGAUCGUGCCCUCGAUGAGCUCAAGACACUCGUGCUCGCAACCCGCAGCGCUGUGACGCAGCUCAAGUCCGAGACCGACGCUGAGCGAUGGAAGACGAUGGAGAUGGGCAGCGCGAGUAGCAACAGUAGCCACCGUGUCGACGCCAGCGCGCUCGUCGAGCUCGAAACGCGCCUCACGGGGCUCGUGGACCGCGUUGCGUCACGGGCCGCCAUGGACGCGGGGGACGUCCGUCGCCACUUGGACGAAUAUCGUGAAAUGCAGAGUGCGACCGACGCUCGCCGCGCGAGCCAACUCGCCCAAGACAUGCGGCGCCUCGCCGAGCACGUGGGCGGCCUCGAGCAGCUCCUACUGCAUGAGACCAAGUCGAUGACGGCCCAUGUUCAGGCGAUUGUCUCGGAGAGCGACAUCAAAUUCCGCGCCGUGGUCGACGAGCUCGGGCACGAAGUGCGGCACCGCAACGCUGCGUACGUGCAGCUCGACGACGAGCUCCGGGCGCAGGUCGCCGACUUGCGGGACGCCACGCGCGAUGUCACGGCCAGCGUCCAGACGCGGCUCCGGGACCUCGAAGAGGUCUUGCCACUUGAGAUUCAAGCACGGCAGAAAGGCCAUGCGAGUCUAAAAAAGCGCAUCGACGGUCUCACCAAGGGAACGACCAGCAGCAUCGAGACCAUCAAGAAGGAUCUUGAGGCAAGUGUCUCGGGCGUCAUUGCGCGUACGAACGCCUGCGUCGCGCACCAGAUCGAGCUCGAAGCGGCGGUCGCGCGCCACGGCGACGACGCUCGGAGCGCCGUCCACACUUUCCAGCGUGAUGUGCACGGUGCCAUUGCGGCCGCGCUCGAGGCGACGGCCACCGAGCAUGCGCAGCGGCUCGUCGCCUGUAUGGACGUCGUCGACACGGUCAAGGCGCUGCAAGCGACCACGGACGAGCGCUUUGAGAGUGUGCGCCAAGGAUGGGCCCGCUUGGAAGCGACCACGUUGGCGCUCUUGCGUGAGCAGAACGCUGGUCAGUCGCUCGCGGUCGAGGAGCUCCAUACACGCCUCUUGGCACUCCACGCUGCCGUGGACGGGCACCGGGCGGCCGGUGUUUCGCAGCACACGGCGGCCAAGACCGAGCUGGAAGCACAGCUGCAGACAAUCUCAUCGGCGGUCGCGUCGUCCAGUAUGAGCCAAAGAGCGGCAGUCGAGGCAUUGCAGUCGCAGCUGGACGCUCUGGUGGUCAAAUCUGGUGAGGACCACGCCGCCGAGCGGAAUGCGCAGAUGUCUGCCGUGGCCGCCGUACGAAGCGCACUCGAUCGGGUCACUGAGCAGCACGCAGCGCAGUGCGAAGCGCUCCGCGAGAGCCUUGAGAGUGCUGAGAGGCAGCGACGCGACGAUGUACAACGCGUUGAGAGCCACUUGGCAAGUGACGCGGAUCGUGUCACCACGAUUCAGGAGACGCUAGUGACCAUGGCGUGGAACAUUGAGCACCGCAGCAUCGACGACACGGUCAGCGCAGUCCUCCACGCGUGCGUCGUCGACGUUGAAGAGAAGGCGCUUGCGGCUGCUGUCGCCGCCCACCAGCAGGAUGUGCAGCUGCAGCUGCAAGUCACCCGCAACAAGAUGGAGGCGAUGCGCGCAUCGCUGCAUGCGUCGCUGCGAGACGACUACACGAACCUGCGCGCGUCCAUAGCCGUCAUCAACCAGACCCUCGAUGGCCUCGUCGGUCGAGCGCCGCCUGUAGCGAGUGAGGAAGGAUUUCUUAUUUAA